AUGGCACCAACUCCUAAAACACCUAAAACACCUAAAACGCCUAGAAGUAAAAAAGUUAUGUCUUUAGCAGACAAACUUAAAAUUUUGAAUCUCAUCCGAGAUGGUGAAAAAAUAGCUUGUAUUGCGAAAAUAUUCAGUGUCAACGAAUCAACUAUUCGCUCUAUUCGGACGAACGAGGACAAAAUUCGAAGCAGCUCUGAGAUAUUAGGCCAACAUGCGACUUCGGUAAAAGUUGUUCGACGAAAUACACUCGAGAAAACUGAAGAGAUGUUGUUGAUUUGGUUACAAGAUUUGAUCCAUAAAAAAAUACCAGUCUCUACAGCAGCUAUAAGAGAUCAAGCCAUUCAGUACCACAACUAUUUGAAUACAAAAUACGAAAGAAAUGACGAAUUCAAUGCUAGCAAAGGCUGGUUUGAAAAUUUUAAAACAAGAUAUUCGCUUCACAGUUUGAAAUUUUCAGGUGAAAGUGCAAGUGCAGACCACGAGGCUGCUCGCCACUUUCCUCCAAUACUUCAAGAAACUAUUUCUGAAAAAAAAUACGUGCUGGAUCAAAUAUUCAAUUGCGAUGAAACGGGACUUUUUUGGAAAAGGAUGCCGAAUCGUACGUGGAUUGCAAAAGAAGAACAACGGGCUCCGGGAUUCAAAGUCGCUAAAGAUCGCUUCACUCUUUUAUUCUGCGCAAAUGCCUCAGGAGGUUUCAAAUGUAAACCAAUGCUGGUUUAUCGUGCCGAAAAUCCAAGAGUUUUAAAAGGAAAAAACAAAGAUCACCUUCCUGUUUAUUGGAAAUCAAAUAAGACUGCUUAG